AUGGCGCCAACACUCGUAUCAAAUUCAUUUCUUCUAAUUACAACUCCCCAUUCAAAAUUAGGAUUCGAAAGUCGAAGGAGGCUUACGGUGUUCUCCAAGAAAGGUGGAUCCUUCCCGCCAUUCCGGCUAGGGAAAACUGCUGAUACCUCUGAAGAAAGCCAAGAAGGGAAUUCGAGCAAUUCGAAUCCUUUUCGGUUCAACUUUGGGAAUUUACCUGAUGUAAAGUCUUUGGUUCCAGCAGUGAUCAAUCCGUCUUCGGGCUUGAGUUUGGGAAGCCAAAGGCGUAAAGAACCUGGAAUGGUGUUUGUAGCUGGUGCUACUGGGCUAGCUGGAAUACGCAUUGCCCAAACACUUCUUCGGGACGGGUUUAGUGUGAGAGCUGGUGUUCCAGACCUUGGUGCUGCACAAGAGUUGGCCCUGUUGGCCUCCAAAUAUAAGAUAAUAUCUAACAGCGAAUCGAAGCGCCUGAAUGCUGUAGAAUCCAAAUACCAAGAUGCAGAAUCAAUUGCGAAAGCAAUAGGAAAUGCUAGCAAAGUUGUAGUCACCAUAGGUCCAGAAGAGAAUGGUCCGGGUGCAGAGGUAAGCACCGCAGAUGCAUUGCAAGUAAUUCAGGCUGCACAACUGGCAAAUGUUGGUCAUGUGGCAAUAGUAUAUGAUGAAUCCUCACUAACUGCCUCCACCUACAAUGUGCUCGAUGGGGUCUCUUCUUUCUUCAAUAAUCUCUUCUCAAGAUCUCAACCCUUGACAUUGACAGAAGUUCUGCAAAAGCUAGUCGAGACUGAUGUUGCCUAUACCCUCAUAAAGACCAAGCUAACAGAAGAUUUUUCGCCUGAGAGUUCCUAUAACAUUGUAGUUUCAGCUGAGAGAAGUACUGCAGCGAACGACUACAAAGUUGCAAAGUCACGAAUAGCAGCACUAGUGGCAGAUGUCUUCUCCAAUACAGCAGUGACAGAAAAUAAGGUUGUGGAGGUUUUCACUGAUCCAUCAGCACCCUCAAAGACUAUUGAUGAACUUUUUGGUGCCAUUCCAGAGGAUGGAAGACGGAAGGCUUAUGCAGAAGCACUUGCAAAAACUCAAGCUGAGGAGGAAGCUCUUAAAGCAUCUGAGCGUGCUCGUGCAGCUGCAGAAGCAGCAAAGAAGCUUGAAAAAGAGGUGAAAAAGCUGGAAAAACAAGAAGCUACGGCUGCCAAUCUUGCUGAAGAGGCCCAAAAGAAGGCAGAAGCUGCAGGAGCAUCAGUUGAAAGCCUCUUGGACAAAGCAAAAGGCGUUAGUUCUGGGAUCUCUUGGGAGAAUUUGAGCUCACAGCUUAAAUCAGUUGUUGAAAAGUCGUCUGAGGAAUCAAAAGUGCAGAUUGCCACAAUCAGGGGACAGGCCAAAGCCUGGUCUCUGCCUUCCCAGAAGGCGGUGGUAAAAAACCCAGCACCAAAGCCAAAAUCUUCUUUCUUAAAACAAAAGGAGGUUCCAAAGCCAAAAGCAAAAGAACCAGAGUCCAAGACAGAAGUAAGGAAGGUGUUUGGCGGUUUAUUCAAGCAAGAGACAAUCUAUGUUGAUGAUGACUAA